AUGACAAAUCGGGUCGCCAGGCCUCGCGUGAGCUCGCUCCUCGCUAGGCGUAAUCGACAUGGCGUGUAUCUCACCAGACUAGGUGUGCAGAAGCUCACAGCUUAUGUCCGCCAAACCAAGGACCGUCGCAAGUACGGACUACGCGGGCAGAGAGAAAGGCCAGCAACACCGUCGCUGGAGCCAGCUUCGCCAAUCAUUGUGCCAGAAUCCGAAGCGACCACAUCAUCACGCGAAUCAACUCCAUGUCUGCUCCGUUUGAUCACUCCGCCACUGCCUCCGCCUCCGACUCCGGAAUCACUACCUCCAUCUCCAGUGACCAGAUCGCCACCCACGCCACCGAGCUCGGAGCUGCCUAGUUCACGCGAGCUGGAGCUGUACAACCGCAUCGCCGAGCUCGAGGAGGCCAAGCAAGAGUCCGCCUGCGUCCUGGCCUACAAUCUCGACUACAACCUCCAAGAACUCACAGCACUCUUCCGCGAGCACGACGACAUCGUGCACGAUUUGCUCGAACACUGCGAAGCCCGCUACGAACGCCUCCGAGACUGUCACUUGGCCGCUGCACACGACACAUGCAAGCGGCGCCACGAAUUCCUCUACCGCAGGCUAUCACAAGCCAUCACGCUCCUGAACGAGAUCACUACUCUGCCCGAUUAUUCCGAUGAAGAUCCGCAGGACAUCGUCGAUGGCAAAUUCCCGGCCAUCAUGGAUUAUGGCAAGAUCGUCCGCUGGAUUGGCAAGCUGGAGAUCGAGGCUGAGGAUGCCUUAGGUGCGACUGGGGCGGUCAAUCUGCGUGGAAAUGUUCAACAGCUGCGGCGUCGUGGCUAUGGCUUGACACCAGCUGCUCGCACUGCUCGGCGUGCAGCACAGACUUGA